GGGCAUUAUGAGUUUAUAGUGAUGCCCUUUGGACUAACCAAUGUGCCAACUCUUUUCAACGGUGUAUGAAUGAUUUGUUUAGGCCAUGGUUAGAUAGAUUCGUCGUAGUUUACUUAGACGACAUCCUAGUGUUUAGCAAGACCCUCGACGAGCAUCAGGGUCAUCUCAUGCUGGUCUUGGAGAAGCCGAGGGAAGCUAAUUUCAAGAUCAAUGCAAAGAAGUGCGAUUGGGAAAAGACCCAAGUUUUGUAUUUAGGCCACGUCGUAGACGGAGACGAUGUCAAGCCGGAAGAUAGUAAAAUUGCAGCGAUUAGAGAUUGGCCUACGCCGCGUACGUUAACAGAGUUGCGGUCGUCCCUAGGCCUAGCCAACUACUAUAGGAAGUUCGUGAGGAACUUCUCCACCAUCGCUGCACCCCUUCGCAAAUUGCUCAGGAAGGAGACCAUCUGGAAGUGGGAUAAGGACUGCACGUCUUCCAUGAAGAAAUUGAAGCAAGCAUUGCUAGAGUACCCGGUCCUUAAGGUAGCCGAUCCAUCCUUGCCUUUUGUCGUCACUACGGAUGCUAGCUUGUACGACAUAGGCGCGGUGUUGCAGCAAGACGAUGGCAAUGGUUAUAGAAUCGUAGAGUUCAUGUCCGCCAGAAUGCCUUUAGAGAAGGUCGCGACAUCUACCUAUGAGAGGGAACUCUACGCUCUCAGGGUGAUCCAGAGUGUGAACAUGUCAGGUAAUGGCGGCGCGAGCACCGCGGCUGGCGGUUUCCGCUCAGCCUGGAUGACGCAGGAGACUCAUCUACGCGCAGCAACGGCGUGGAAAACGAAGACGGUCCUGCGACUGACUGGCGAUGUCGGCCUGACACGUGACUUGGGACCGAUGACAUGUCCUGAUUUGACGGUCAUUGGCAGCUGCAAGACGCGAUCUGGCCAUCCCAGAAGAUGCAGGAUCGACAGCCGAAAGCGGCUCAGCGGAAUCAUCGGUAGCGGUCAGACCCUUACUCUGGACAAUCUGGAACUAACGGGUUUCGUCGGGACCUCGACGCGCAACCUGUAUAUCCUUGGAAAUUUCUUCCACAUCGCCACCAUCUCCAACUGCCUUGUAUCCGGUAAUGUCAAUCUCGCUGGCACCGGGGUCAUCGACCUCGUGGGCACGGCCGCUGUCGUAGUCAAGAACUCGCAGUUCGUCCGUAACAAAGGGAAGAUGAUUUAUAUCUCGUACACCGAUCUGACAGCCACCAAUGUCCUCUUCCGAUCGAACGAAGGAGGACCGUUGAUUAGCUAUCUCAGGGUGUCAGUAACGUGCGUUGAAUGCAGAUUCGAGGGGAAUAAGGCGGCGGAGGGGGCGGCGGUUCUCGUGGCUGAUUACGGGGCUGUCCUCUUCUCUCGGUUGUCGUUUGUCGGCAAUUUCCUGACGAGGGUGGGGGCCAGAGGAGGCGCAGUCCAUGUUGCCUCAGCAUUCGGUGCACUGACUGCUAGAUUCUGCAACCGCGUCUUCAGAGGGAACACCAUAGCUCUGCCAAGCGGGAAGAAGAUGACGGAACACGUGUACCUCGAGCCCACCACCUCUCACACUGUGUCUUUUUGUAAGAAGAGACCGGCGAUUGGAAUCAACGGUAAUCAUUCCCAUGCCAUCGAUUCCUGUGAGGGCUGUCCUGCCUAAGUGAGGACGUAUUCACAGUGUCACUAGGUAGGACCUUUUUCUGCGCAUUCUGGUCGUGA